AUGUCGAAAGGAGUUAUGGAGAAGGUUCAAAACUCGGGGAAUCACUUUAUUCCCCAUCAUGUGGUUAUCACGCCACAAAAUUCAACAACAAAGCUUAGGAUUGUUUAUGAUGCGUCGGCAAAAAUAUCACCAGAAUUAAAGAGUUUGAAUGAAUGUCUUUUUCGAGGUCCUGUUUCACUCCAAGGCUUGUGUGGGUUACUUAUGAGAUUUCGUUUACAUAGAGUGGCAAUGGUUGCGGACAUUGAAAAGGCGUUUCUUCAAGUUGGUCUGCAAGAGCCAGAACGAGAUGUAACCAGAUUCUUUUGGAUAAAGGACACAAAAAGACCAUCGCCUUUUCCAAACAACAACGAAAUUUAUCGUUUCUGUAGAAAACCGUUUGGGAUUAUUUCAAGCCCUUUUCUUCUGAGUUCAACGAUUGAGGCUCAUUUGAAUACGUAUUGCACAGAACAUAUGAAACGUGACAUUUAUGUGGACACUAUUAUAACUGGAGCAUCUAGCGAUGAACAAGCUAUAGACUUGUAUAAAGAAGCAAAACGCAUGUUUAAAGACGCCUCAAUGAAUCUUCGGGAGUGGAGUUCAAGUAGUGAAAAAGUAAACAGUCUUAUUCCAGAAGUUGACAGAUCCACUGAAACUGAAACCAAAGUUCUUGGACAUGUUUGGGACAUAAAAUAA